CAAAUAUUUUGUUGCGAGAAGAAAUAUUUAAAAAAAUUAAGUUUUUACUAAAGAAAUGAGUUUUAGCCGUGAUAUUUCACUCUUAAUAGCUUAAUAAGUGCAUCAGCUAUCUUUAGCAGUUACAGGAUUUUACUAAAUUCGUGUAAUUUCAUCGCAGUUUAGAAGUAACGACUUUGAUAAAAAAAAAUUGCUGUUAAAGAUUUUUUAACGGAAUAAAACCAUGAUGAAUAACUCGGAAUCAUCACAUUCGUCAAACUCAAAUGUUCCUAAUAGUGGUCCAAUACGCUUAAAUGCCAUUAAAGGAUACUCGAAUCGACAAAAUAAUAUAAUAUUUUGCCCACCGUUGAUCCGUUCGACUAACAAUAAUCAGGAUGAGCCAGCACAUGCUGUGGUCUAUUUUGGAGGUGAUGUUCAGGAUACGCCUGAAAUGAUGGAAGAAAAUCGUGACACAAAAGGCUACAUAAAAUUCAACUUGGACAAUACUGCUUCUAUCUUACGAGAAGCCUUUCCUCGUUCCUUUAUAGUUGUCGUGCGACCUGUCCGGAUGGAAUUUACAACGUUUAGUUGUUUCGACAACUUUGUUAGAGGAAACAAUGUAGGAAUUCCGGAUCAUACACCCAUGCACUAUGCUUUGCAGCAUCUAGAAGAAUUGUUAAUUAAUAUAACGAAGAAGUUGAAAUCAAUGUCUGAUAACGAGUUAAUUCAGAAACUUCAAACAAUUCCAAACUCUCAAGCAAAUGUUGAUUCAGAAGACAUGCAUAUUGAUAUAUUGCAAGUCCAUGACAAUGUGACACCUGAUGCUGAUCAAAUGAGCUUUUCUUGUAAAGAGGAUUCAUGUAAUUCACUCCCAACAAUCGCAUCUGACUUGACACCUGAUUUUAUACCAACACCUGAUCUCCAAACACCACCACCAACAUCCACAACCGCUCCAAGCAAUCCGCUUGAUUUGUUAUGGUGGAGAGACAGUAUUAAUCUAGAUAAGGCAAAUUUAACGUUGAUGGGAUUCAGUAAAGGUUGUGUUGUUUUGAACCAAUUUAUUUAUGAAUUUCAUUACAUGAAGACGCUGACCCCAGAUGAUAGCUCAAUGAUGAAGCUUGUAUCGCGAAUAAAGGAAAUGUAUUAUUUGGAUGGUGGACAUGCUGGCGGCAAAAACACUUGGAUAACUGCUCGGAGCUUGCUCGAGACGUUGUGUCGAUUGGGAGUUGCAAUAAAUGUACAUGUUACACCGUAUCAAGUUCAAGAUGAUCACCGUCCUUGGCUUCGUAAGGAAGAAAAGGUAUUUACUGAUUUACUUAAGCGACUAGGAUGCAACAUAACUCGAACACUUCAUUCGAAUGACUCGACCAUUUCAAAUCUGUUUACACAUUUCGAGGUGCUCGAAAACUUCAAGAAAUAUCACUUGCUAAAGAAAGAACAAAUCACGACGGACGAAAAAGAACAAAAUAAUCAACAACCGCUACAACAACAAAUAAUUCAGAAAACACCGAGUAUUGGUUCUGCUGAUUUAUCAUCAAAUUCGACAACGUAAAUUCCAU